UGACCUCUUGGAUAUGUCUCCUCGUGCGUCCCUCUCUCUCCUCUCAUUCGCGCGUCCUUGUGUUACAUUCACAAUCUCAAUUGCAUGCGCGACCCUUAAUUCUCCCCAUCUUGGCUAACGAUGCCCUGCAGUUACCCCAAUUGUUCGCCAAUUACAAGGCCAAAAGCGCCGAUGGCCUCAGCAUGGCCUUUCUGGUCGUCUGGCUCUUGGGCGACAUCACAAAUCUCAUCGGAGCCUUGUUCACCCACCUAGCUCCCACCGCAAUUGCCCUGGCAGGAUACUUCUGCAUUGCCGAUAUCGUCCUCAUCGGCCAGGCCGUGUACUACAAUGCCCUCAAUGCACGCCGAGCGAGUCGCGCCGAGGAACGUCGAUCAAGUGAUCCUACAGAAGAGUCUCCUCUGAUCAACGGAUCCCGUAGACGAAGCUCUUCAUUUGGCCUCCCUGGGUCUCAGCGCCGCCAUGCGACACAUACCGAGUCCUCGAUGGACCCAUUGAGGAAGAUUGUGACGGGCGAAGACGAAACUCCCGAUAGCAAGCCUUGGCUUCACAACACCCUGAGCCUGCUCGCUGUAUACGUCAUUGGGUUAGCUGGCUGGUUUGUGUCGUACAAGGUCGGUGCUUGGGAGAGUGGUGACCCUGGUACCCCCGAUGCACCUGAGGAGGCCCAGAGCCCAAUGGAGCUUGCUGGACUUAUUCUGGGAUACAUCAGCGCAGCGCUUUAUCUCUGUGCUCGAAUUCCCCAAAUUAUCAAGAACCACCGGGAAAAGUCAUGCGAAGGUCUGGCAUUGCUUUUCUUUAUGCUCUCAAUGAGUGGAAACCUCACUUAUGGUAUCAGCCUGGUAGCCUACUCCCAAGACAAGAAGUACUUGCUUAACGCGCUUCCUUGGUUGCUUGGCUCUCUGGGUACCAUUGCUGAGGACCUCAUUAUCUUCGUUCAGUUCCGAAUUUACUCCAACGGUGAACGAGAAAGCGCAAUUGAACCUUAAAUCGCGAUCGACAGGGCAAGACAUGGCAAUUAAACUCGAGACGGACGGACGGAGGGUUUUGGAGGUUCUAAUGUGCAUGAACUGGCGUUUCAUUCAUUCAUAUGCAUUGCAUUUCAGAUAUUUGUUACAUCAAGGGUGAAGCUUGAAUAAGCUCACAAUCAAUACUGGGACAUCCUCAGGAUAGAGGUGCAUGACAUAAUGUUUCGGGUCGAAUUAUAACUCUUCGGAGGGUUUUUCUUACUUAUCAAUUCAAUGAGUCUUUUAA